AUUUCGAAAUAAUUUGUAAAUCUGUGUAUACUCAAUUAUGGGGAAUACUCCGACUCACUAUAAAAGACGCUUUUCUGGAGACGUUUGUGGCAGACUCCCUAACUCAACACCACCUGGUGUCAGUGUUACUAUCCCUCCACCGAAAAAACGAAAUACUCAUAGUUUGACAGAUUUAUCACGUUCUGCUCCAGCCGAUUAUCCUAAUAAUGAAAUGUCAGUAAAUGACGACAAUGUUAGUCCUAAUGACAAAGAUGCAAUCUCAAUUGAUGAAGCUACGUCAAUGAUGCGAGCUACCAGUCUACGUGAACCUAUCAAUAUAAUCGAUGCUCAUGAUAAUCUUGAUGGUAAUAAUCGGUUAUACAAUGUGCUACCAUCUGACAAAAUGGUAACGUCAACAAUUUCUAGUGGUGAUGAGAAAAUUUCCAAUUUUCUUCAAGAAAGACCAUCUAGUGCAGGUCCAUUAUAUUCAACAGAUGAACAAAUAAUGUAUAAGCAUAGUCAACCACAAAUCAUUUUAAAUAACGUUUCAAGAGAUCGUGCAAGAACUUUGCCAUCCAGAAAGUUGGUUGGCUUAAAACUUCCUACUGUUUUUCGAUGGAAUGGUGGUGGUAAAGAUAUAUAUAUUAGUGGAACUUUUAAUAAUUGGGAGAAAAGAAUCCCUAUGGUUAAAAGAAACUCAGGAGUUUACGUAAUUAUUGAUUGUAAACCUGGUAUUCAUCAAUAUAAGUAUUUCAUUGAUGGGGCAUGGUAUCAUGACCCAACUAAAAAAACGGGGUCUUUGGCACAAGAAAUUCAAAAAGCUAGAGAGCAUAUCAAAACAUCCUUGGAUCGCGUUGCUGUAUCCCGACCUUUCGACGUUGGACGUCUUGAUGAACUUGAAAAACUUGUUACAAGUCUUGUUAGUCGCAUAUCAGAUCUGGAGUCACGCAUAAGCACUAUGAAGUUGAGUAAUGAUCCUCAUGAUGUAGUUGGAGAAAAAUCAGAUUCAGAGCCUGAUCUAUUUGGUUCAGACAGCGAGGAGGAUAAAGAAGCUGAGCGUAUCAGGAGUGAGAGAGAAGCCGAAUACCUUGCAAAAAAAGCUCUAAAGCCUGUUGUGGCGGCAAAGUCAAGUAUCACCCUUGAUGUGAAACCAUGGGAUGAUGAGGUAGAUAUGGAAGAACUUACCUCUUUGGUGAAAGGUAUUAAACUAGAUGGCCUUUUAUGGGGUGCAUCCAAAUUAGUGCCCAUCGCUUUUGGCAUAAAGAAGCUCCAAAUCUGUUGUGUCGUUGAAGAUGACAAGCAUGAACACGCGAUUAAUAGACAGAAUGAUAACUAUCGUGUGUAACGGCAUAAUAGGAAUUAAAAUGCAUUACUACUAGGUCCAAAGAGUACAUAAGAUCACUCACUCACUGGAUGGUUAUGAAAUGUAUUAUUGUCUAAUAGCAACAAUAAGAUGCCGGACUAUAUGGGACUACAAGGAUUAUGUUCGAUGCAUUCACGUUACAAAUAAAAAGAUGAGGUGAUUGUAUUAUAAGUUUGAAACAUAAGUAGGUAAUAACUAACUAACUGAUUGUAAUGGUCGAAAAUACGAAUACAGUACUGUACACACGAUCUGUAUAGAAUACCUAGAGUACACAAUUGAUCAAGACAAUGCCUCCAAAAAAUCUGGACGAAACACAGCUGGAUAAAUAUUGCAACCAAGGAUUAGAAAUGCUUGGUAAAAUAUCGGUUAAUCCUGGUAAUUAUUCGUCACUACUAUUUUAAAUCGCCUGUCCACGAUUACCACUGCAUAAUUAUGUACAGUUAGCUUUUUUGUUUCAAUUAUUGUUGUUAGGAUGUGCAGAAAAUAUACCAAUAAUUAUCAUGUU